GGGAGCUCCAUUCAUCCCAGAUCACUGACCCAUCUCAUCCUACUGAGACUUAGAAAAAAAUAAAACUAUCAAUCACCUUCCCCCAACACUCCCACCAAGAAGAAAAGAAAAGGGAGCUGGGUAGAGGGACAGUGCUGUGUUCUACCUUCUCUACCUUCUAGAUUGUCACAAAUUGUAUUCCUAAUCUUUCCACAUUCUAGAGAGAAUCUAGAGAUAACUCAAGAAAUAAUCUGUUAGGAGCUAAAGUGUUCUGAGAUUACAUACAUCUCUUUGGGUUUCUAGCUAUCUCUGAAGGGCACAAAUCAGAAAGCACCAUGCCUCCUAAUAAAGAGGCCAGCAGUCUUAAUAGCUCCCCUGCGGGCCUCAUCUGCCUCCCUCCAAUCUCUGAGGAGCUACAGCUUGUGUGGACCCAAGCAGCCCAGACCAGUGAGCUGGACAGCAAUGAACACUUGCUCCAAACCUUCAGCUACUUCCCCUAUCCCAGUUUAGCAGACAUUGCCCUUCUUUGCCUACGCUAUGGGCUGCAGAUGGAGAAAGUCAAGACUUGGUUCAUGGCCCAGCGCCUUCGCUGUGGCAUUAGUUGGUCAUCUGAAGAAAUUGAAGAGACUCGAGCCCGAGUAGUCUACCAUCGGGACCAACUCCAUUUCAAAUCCCUUCUCUCUUUUACUCAUCAUGCAGGGCGGCCCCCAGAGGAAGUGCCUCCUUCUCCUGUGCCACCUCCGGAACAAGUUGGUCUUGGAAUAGUGCCCCUGACUCUUAGCGAGCCCACCCAGAUGAAAGGAUUGAAGGUAGAGCCUGAGGAGCCACUGAGUCACCAGAAAGCAAAGGAGCCCCUGAUGGUGCCUGGCAGUGGGGCAUUCCCCCACCAAUCGCAGUUUUGGCAGGAUCAUCAAUGCAGUGGCCUCUCUAAGGAGCAGGCAGGCAGGGGUCCCGACCAGUCACACAGCCUAGGUACUGCUUCCUGGAACCACUCCACAGCUGUCCAGCAGCCCCAUGCUCGGGAUAAGCCCCCACCCAUCUCAUUACUUGCCAGUAGUUGUAAGAAGGAGUCAGCAUCUAAUAUGACUCCUCCUUCCUCUACCUCUUCUUCCUCUUUCCAGGGACUGGCUAAUGGAGCUCCGGCCACCUCUAAGCCCCUGCAGCCACUGGGCUGUGCCCCACAACCACUGUCACCCAGUGAACAGGCACUACCCCCACAGCUGGAGCCAGCCUGGCCCCAGGGGCUGAGGCAUAACUCAGCAUCAGGUAGGGUUGGCCCUGCAGAGUAUCUUUCCCCAGACAUGCAACGCCAGCGAAAGACCAAGCGCAAAACCAAAGAGCAGUUGGCUAUCCUCAAAUCGUUUUUUCUACAGUGCCAGUGGGCACGGCGUGAGGAUUACCAUAAAUUAGAGCAGAUCACUGGUUUACCUCGGCCUGAGAUUAUUCAGUGGUUUGGUGACACACGCUAUGCCUUGAAGCAUGGGCAACUAAAAUGGUUUCGGGACAAUGCAGUACCUGGUGCCCCUAGCUUCCAGGAUCCAGCAGUUCCCACACCACCACCUUCAACCCGCUCCUUGAAUGAAUGGGCUGAGACACCACCUCUGCCAAAUCCCCCACCCCCACCGGAUAUACGACCCUUGGAGAGGUACUGGGCAACCCACCAACAGCUCCGGGAAAGUGAUAUCCCUCAACUGAGUCAGGCAUCAAGGCUUAGCACCCAGCAGGUACUGGAUUGGUUUGACUCCCGAUUACCUGAGCCAGCUGAAGUGGUGGUCUGUCUAGAUGAAGAGGAGGAAGAGGAGGAGGAGGAACUGCCAGAAGAUGAUGAGGAUGAAGAGGAGGAGGAGGAGGAUGACGAUGAUGACGAUGAUGUGAUCAUCCAGGACUGAGUGGGAGGCUGGGGGAGGGGAGGUCUGUUACUAAAAGACAAACCAACUUAGUAACUGUUUCAACAAAGAAACCACUUUUUUUUUUUUAACUUACCUUGUGGCAAAGAACUGAAAAGCUUUGUGUUCUUGAGUGUGGGGGACAGGGAUACAGUAAGGGUAGACCAGAAAGGAUGACCAUGGAGUACAGAAUGAAGUGGGGAUCGGAUGGGCAGAAAUCUAGGCCUCCAGUCUCAAUGAGGGGCUUGCUACGGGUCUGGGAAAAGGCUCUUGCUCUUCUCGUAUCCCUGUUCUUUCCCCUUACUGUUCUACAAAGAGGCGAGGCUUUGGCCCACGGCCAUGGAGUUCUGGAAAGGAGUAAAGUUUCUAAUAUGACCCCAGUCCCAACAUUUUCCCUGAAUAUAAGGCUGCCUUGCACCCCAUUUCUCUCUGAGCACAAGUUCAUGCAUAAUGCAGCUAAGAAUCUCAGUUAUGUCCCAGUCAAUCACAAAUACUUCCUCUCCUCAUACCAGCUUGACUUUAUAUGUUUUCCUGCUGCUUUAUUGAAUCACACAGGGAGCAGAAUGUUUUCAUUUCUGAUACUGGGACCACUAUGCCUUGUACCUUUCCAAAAAUCCCCAUUCUGUUCACUGUUUGUCUCAGGGUAAAUCUUCCCCCCGGAGCUUGUGAAAAAGUUUAAUAAUUGGGUGGAGAAUAAUUUAGGCUGGAUAUUUAUUGGAGGUGGGAAUUAGUAGAAUUAUAGAUUACAGAGGGGUAGAGGAGAGGGAAUGGUAUCUGCUGUUCGGAAGGACAGUACAGAUAGAUUCCAGGUUUGGUUUUACAAACCUGACACUCCCUCCUGCCUAGUUUGACAGAAACCGAUUUUUUAAUCUUUUUGGUGUUGGUUUAAUUUGUGUCCAGAAAAGAGACUUUACCCCCUGUUUAUAAUAUCUGUCUUGGGGACAGAAGUCCUUAUGUUUUAGAGUGGUUUUCAUCCGUUGGGGUCAGAUAUAAAGAUAUCGGUGGGUUAACCAUCUAGAAAUAAAAGAGUGGAAGCCCCAAAUUGCUAGACUAAUAAUAAAAAGGCCAAAAAUAAAAUUGUUUCUCUCUCCA